AGGAGAAGCCGGGCCGAGAGGGAGCGGGCCGCCGGGGCGCGGCUGCGCAGAGCGCGGCUUCCUGAGUGUCUGGUGGCGGCGGCCAUUUUGUGGUGCUUCUUCCCCUCUCCUGGUUCGGGCUGCGGCGUCCGGGACCUGGCGAGGGGGCGAGACGGAGCGGGGGGAGCCGGGGCCCUCACCCUCACCUUCCCUUCGCCUCGCUGCGCGGCGGAGCCCCCCCCUCCGGCGCGGCCCCCGGGUGCGGCUGAGAGCGGCGCUCGCCCACCAUUAUGGAAGACGACGGGCAGCCCAGGACCCUCUAUGUAGGAAACCUCUCCAGAGAUGUGACUGAAGUUCUUAUACUUCAGUUAUUCAGCCAGAUUGGACCAUGCAAAAGCUGUAAAAUGAUAACAGAGCAACCCGAUAGCAGAAGGGUCAACUCUUCUGUUGGAUUUUCUGUUUUGCAGCAUACAAGCAAUGACCCUUAUUGCUUUGUGGAAUUUUAUGAACACAGAGAUGCAGCUGCUGCAUUAGCUGCUAUGAAUGGGAGAAAAAUUUUGGGAAAGGAGGUCAAAGUAAACUGGGCAACAACACCAAGUAGCCAGAAAAAAGAUACAUCCAAUCACUUCCAUGUGUUCGUUGGGGAUUUAAGUCCAGAAAUAACAACAGAAGACAUCAAGUCAGCAUUUGCUCCUUUUGGUAAAAUAUCGGAUGCACGGGUAGUUAAAGAUAUGGCAACUGGAAAGUCAAAAGGCUAUGGUUUUGUAUCUUUUUAUAACAAACUGGAUGCAGAAAAUGCUAUUGUACACAUGGGAGGCCAAUGGUUGGGAGGCCGUCAGAUCAGAACUAACUGGGCAACACGGAAACCACCAGCCCCCAAAAGUACACAAGAAAAUAACACAAAACAAUUGAGAUUUGAAGAUGUAGUAAAUCAGUCAAGUCCAAAAAACUGUACUGUGUACUGUGGAGGAAUUGCCUCUGGUCUAACAGAUCAACUUAUGAGACAGACAUUUUCACCAUUUGGACAGAUUAUGGAAAUAAGGGUGUUUCCAGAAAAAGGUUACUCAUUUGUCAGAUUUUCAACCCAUGAAAGUGCAGCACAUGCUAUUGUUUCAGUUAACGGAACCACAAUUGAAGGACACGUUGUUAAAUGUUAUUGGGGUAAAGAAUCCCCUGAUAUGACAAAAAACUUCCAACAGGUGGAUUACAGUCAGUGGGGGCAAUGGAGCCAAGUAUAUGGAAAUCCACAACAGUAUGGGCAAUAUAUGGCUAAUGGGUGGCAAGUACCAUCAUAUGGAAUGUAUGGCCAAGCAUGGAAUCAACAGGGUUUUGGAGUAGACCAAUCUCCAUCUGCUGCCUGGAUGGGUGGAUUUGGUGCUCAACCUGCCCAGGGACAAGGUGCUCCUGUAAUACCUAACCAAGCUGGAUAUGGUAUGGCAAGCUACCAAACACAGUGAGCUGGGACUCUGUUUAAAAGUGUGUAUUUCAUGAUAGGCUGCAGUUUCCAGUGACAUUCUGAAGACUGGAAUGUAGACAAUGAAAAAAGAAAAUAUUUAUUUUAAAAAUGGAAAUGUUUGGAACCUUUAGCACAGCUUUGCUUUGGUGAAGGACACAAAUGUCUUCUAGUUCUGCCUUUUUAAGUUUUUGUUCAUGAUGGAUAUGAACAUGUUUUUCUUUGUGUACAAAAAUUAAAAAUAAAGUCAAUAAAGACAAUUCUGACUACAAAUUUUGAUAUAGUAGGAGAAAUGGCUAAUGAAUUUGAUCUUUAGCUUACCAUUCCAUUUUUUUGUUCUGUCUUCAGUGUUUUAUAUCACUGUGCUUUUUAAGAGAAAUGACGUUGAAAAACAGCAAGUUGCUUUUAGUUGAACACACAUCCUGAAAUAAACUGUGGACCAAUCAUUACAACCUGCUAGACAGUAUUGAUUUUUCAAGAAACCUAUGGGCGUAGCUCAGAAAGUAUAUGUAGGUCUUGGAAUAAUUUUUAAAAAAAAUAUUUAAUUUUUCUACAUGCCUAAAGAAAACAGUCUGAUACAAAGAAUAGUACAGUCUAAAAUGAAAAACAGUACUGUCUGAGUAAUUUCACAUAACUUUUACUGUCCACAUUCAGGCACACAUUAAAACUUUUCAGAGCUGGUUUGCUUAUUAAGACUGUAAUAAUUUGCAUUUAAUUUUAAGAAGUAAAAACGUUUUUGCAAGUAUGUUGUUUGUAUUCAAAUCAAACAGUCAUACUUGUGCUUUUACAUAAAGUUUGAAGGCUACACAUUGUAAAUAUUUCAUAAUUACAGUGUUUCAAAAGCAUGCUCGAACAUAGAAGUAGCAAUGUAAUUAUUCAAAGUAAUACUUAAUAUACUCUACUGCUUUAAAUGCAGUAGAUUGACAAGAAUGUGCAAGACUGACAUUUCCAAAGUUGGCUAUUAUGUAAAGUUACAUAAAGAACUAUAACAAAGAGCCUUAAUUUUAAUUUCAUAAAUCUUUAAUGCAUCACCUUUUUGUCAUUAGAAAUACGAAUUUUUUGCUUUACAUUAUUUGGUAUGUAAAUACCUUGGUUAACAACCUUGUAAACCUAUUUCAAGGUUAUUAUAAGUUGUAUAGUAUCUUGAGUGUUUUGAAAAAUCUUGAUGUUUUUUAAGUCUAGAAAUAUUUUGCCCAAGAAUUUUUUAACAAGAUUGUUAAAAACAUCUUAUUUUAGAGAAUAUUCAAUGUGCCAUUUGGUAAAUGGAGAUGCAGUUGAAACAGUACACUGAGUUGUGACUUAUUUUUAAUUAAAGUUUUUGUCUUUAUGGAUGGUUUGCAUGUGAUGAACCUGUACAGAGGCUGGGUUGUUUGUGUACUGAGUGUGUAAAUGGAUAAAUCAUGAAGAUGUUUAAAUGGUAUACUUGGGUUAUUUCUGAAUUAUUUUAUGGAUACAUUGAUAUAAACUGCCUCAAUAAAUUUGAAGUUGAAAAUGAAUGUAAGUUAGAUAUAAGUACUGUGUCUUACCUGUGACAGCUAGGGGGUGCAAAUGUUUCAGCUGUAUACUGAAAUACACUGAGGCAGGCACAAUUUAAAAAAAAAAAAGAAAGUAGGAUUUGCAGUGAUAGUUCAGUGAAGCAAACUUGCAUUUUAAAAGGAAUGGAAUGUUUGAUUUUAGAGAUGAUAGUUCUAAACGAGUGUCUGAGAAGCUGCAUAUUUUAUCUUUUCUGUUUCUUACCAUGCAGGUGUUGCAAGUUAGAAGAGAUUUUGAAAUGGAAACUUGCAGUUUUGUUAAACCCAGCCAGGUUGUGCAAAUAACUACACUUAAUGCUGUAGCAAAUCACAUGAGGUUUUUUUUCCUCCUCUUCUACUUGACAUGCUAAAUAGUACCUUGACUUUUAGAUCAGGUUGAAAGUGAGAGAUACUGGCAGAGCAGUUUAGUCGGUUGGCUCAGCUGUACCCAGAGAUACUUGUAACUGGGCAUCUAAUGCAUGCAAUAAUGACUGAAGUUAGUGUGGAACCGUAAGUGCUUGUGAUGACAGAAUUGGCCCUUUAUCUCUGUUUCUCCUUUAUGGUAUAUGUAGUGACUUCCGCUCAAGUUAGGAAUCUUGUCUACAGGACUUUGUUUUUUUUAUAAAUUUUGUAUAUAUGUGUAUAUCUACGCGAGGAUCGGCCUAUACACUGUAGUUUGGGGAAAAAAAAAAUAUCACAAGUAAGUCUGCAUUUUUGUCACACCCAGUUUAAAAAAAAAAUCAGUACAUAUAUGAAUUGCGGGUUACUUUAGGAUUUCUUAGACUUCACUUGAAAUCUGGGGUUUCUACAUAAUUCUAGGUGUUUGACAUAUGACUUUGUUCUGGAUGCAUGCUGGUAUGUAAGCAGUAUGUUCUUUAGGCGCUACUGAAGAUUUAGAUGAUGUGAGUACAUUGCCACAUAAAUGCCCAUAUAAGUGGGUGUGAGAUUAAGGCAGUGAUCGUUCAGAUCUCAAUGUGUAGAUCACCUUAAAUCUGAUUAUUUAAUAUGCCUGCUGUAGAGCUGGGCCAUACCUGACCUGUAUUUCAGGAUGAAAGAUAGGAUAUACUUUCUCUUUUAAGUCUCUUGUCACUGAUUUUUAUACAGCUUUUCUUUGACAGUGAUAUUUCUUUGCAGACUGCUCAAGCUAUGGGAGACUCCAGUGUCUAAUGUUUCUAUAGCACUGCGAGGAAGAGUUGUAAUUUGGAUUGCUUUCCACUCAGUAGCGUUCAUAAAUGCAUCACUGACAAUUUUUUGGCACCAAAGAGCCUCUUGCACCAUACUGCUUCUAUGAGUGACUGUUACACUGUUGUAAUUUCUGUAAAUACAGAAAUCAACCACUACCAAAUCCCUUACCACUAGGAUUUGGGUUUCAAACAGUAUUGAUUUAUCAUGACUUAAGUUGAUGCGUGCAACCUGAAGCAAGGUUGUAAUCUGCAUUUGCAGAAAAUGUUCAAUAAAAGUGAAACGUGAUAAAGGGCUUAUCCUGUAUUGUCAUCUGUCAAAACAUUGUCCCUUUUUGCUGUAAAACAGACAACAGGCGUACAAGGCUGAACUUGUAAACUAUGCACUUGGAAUCAUGUAAAAGAUGUUUUAUUUAAAAUUUUUCAUACCAAACCAUUUUGUAUUUUGCAGAGUUGCAGUAGUAAGGCUGUAAAUCUAAGGUUACAUGUAGCUUUUCAUCAGUCCUGCCUCCUUGUGUAUAUUUGUGAACAGUUUUCAGACAUAUUCUUCCUGCAGAACUUUCUUCCUUACUAGGGUAACUUCAUGAGACAGCUAUUCACUGUAUUAGAACUAUUUCCUUCAUUUCACUUGCCAAAAAAGUCUCACAGUGAAUAAGGUUUAGUUUUACAGAAAAUUAGUGAUUUUUCUUGUGUUUGUACACAAGGAAGCAGACUUAAACUGUAUGGACAUGAUUAGUGUCUGAUACUUCUUAAUUAUCUGACUGUUUUUGAACAAGGGCACAAGUCUUUGUUUUCAUCACGUGGAACUGUUUCCUGGUCAGCAAUAAAAGAUUUUGUUGCACUGUU